UUUAAAACGUUGUGGUUUCUGUGUUCUGAAUGAUUUUGUACCGGAAGUGUUGCUGCUGUUGCUGCUCACGGAUGUUACAAGCGAAAUGUUGCAGAUGCGUCAUUGAAACAGAGAAGAGGGCUGCUGUCAUCUUUUUAACAUUUGUUAAUGCGAUGUUUAACCUUCAGACGACUUCAACAACGAUGGAGCUUCUUCCGCUCGUGUGUCUUUACAUCCUAGCGUGGUCUGCAAGAACUGAUCAAACCGAUCCACCUGUCACCGAGAUUGCUGUGAUGGAAGAUGAUGAUGUACUUCUACCUUGUUCCUUUGGAGCUAUGGACAUUACAAACAUGGCCUUCGACUGGAAGAAAGAGAACGUGACAUAUAAUAAAAGGGAGGUGUUUUUGUAUGAAAGUGGCAACAUAUAUGGUUCUCCACUUACAGGACAAGCUGAGCAGUUCAAAGGUCGGGUCUUUCAUUUUCCCGACCAGCUCACAUCUGGUAAUGCCUCCAUACAAAUCAAAACUACAAAAGUGGACGACAGUGGAACUUACACCUGUAUUAAGGCAUCUACUCCCCCCACAACACUGUCCAGAGUUCAGCUUACUGUUGAAUGUGUCUUAAAAGACAGAACAAAGGAAAAUGUAAAAGGUGCCUGUCCAAAGCCAAUUCUUGAAUCACGUAAAACAGAUGAUGGAGUGCUGUUGCAGUGUGAUGUUCUGGGUGCUUCUCCACAACCUGAAGUAGAGAUUCAAGGCAGUGAUGGCAGUCGUGUUGAUGCUAAAGAGCAUCAGAACUCUAAUGGAGACCACCACAACAUUAUCCUCAUUGCUACUGUGACCAUGGAAGGCAACUAUCGUUGUGUUGUGAAACAACCAGAAAUUUGUCACGAGAUUUCUUCUAAUUAUAUCUGGGUCAAUCCCCCUGAUGGUGACUUAAAAGACAGAACAGGAGAAAAUACACCAGGUGCAGCUAAGAAGCCAUAUGUCACAACCCUUGAUGAAACUAAAGACAGGGCUCUGCUGGAGUGUGAGGUCCAUGGUGCUUCUCCAAAACCUAACGUCACCUGGCAGGACAGCGCUGGAAACAUCCUCCCUGCUGAAGAACCACAGAUCACAAAGAGAGAAAACCGCUACGACAUCAUCCUGCAGACCACUGUUACCAAAACUGACCGCUAUCGCUGUGUAGCCACACAGGAGGAAAUCAAACAUCAGACUUAUUCAGAGACACAUAUACAAAUGGAUGUUUCAGAUCCCACUGGAUGGAUUGUUGGUGCAUUUUUCUGUGUUCUUUUUGUUGUUGCUGUUGUUCUGCUGGUGCUGGUUUGCACAGGUUUAAUCAAACCAAAAUGUUAUAAAGACUCACAAUCAACAACAAGCCUCUCCUGUGAUUUAGUCCGACAUCCUGAUCCAGACCCUAAAGAGCCUUUAAAUGCCAAAUGAAUUAUGUUUCACAUCCAAGAUGUGUGAAUCAGGUUACUUGUAGACGGACAUGAGAGGUCCUUCCUGGUUUGCACAUUGUCCUUUGUUACUGCAUGUAGCUCAUUCUGCCUGUUUCAACAAGUCCCUGCAUUUAAAACUAAUUAAAGCCAAAGUUUCAACUGUCACAAUCUCACAGGAAUCAUACAUUAAGUUAUGUUAAUCAUAACUUUAUAAUAUACAUAAAGUAUGUAUAUAUAUUAUAAUAUAAUAUAAUAUAAUAUAUGUGUGUGUGUGUGUAUAUAUAUAUAUAUAUAUAUAUAUAUGUAUUCUUGAAAGAUAUCAAAUAUUUCUCAUUUUCUUUUAAUAUUAGAUAUCUGACCUUUGUGUGUGUGUGUGUGUGUUUCAGUUUUUUAGUGCUGAUGAUGUUUGUCCAAGGAAACACAUGAUAAAUGUUCUACUGUGUUGACUUGAUCUUACAACAAUUUCUGUUUUACAUUUUCAAAAAAAAGAAAACUGGACAUGG